UUAAUUUCCAAAAUUCAUAUUUCCAUUUUCAUGUUAAUUUUCAACAGCUCAUUUUUGUCUCCAUUGUAAAUUUGUGAUGCCUGGUCGAUUUCGCCGUUGCACUUGAAAGGAAAUACAAGAGAGAAAGAUCUGGAAAAUUGAGAGGCAGAUCCCAAAGGAAGAAGAAGUGUAUCUGAUCAGUAAACCGGAAUGUCAAUGCACGGGAUGAGAGGGCUCGCAAUUUUCAUUAGCGACAUUCGGAAUUGCCAGAACAAAGAGCUAGAACGCGUACGCGUCGAUAAAGAGCUCGGCAACAUCCGUAUUCGAUUCAAAAAGGAAAAGGGAUUGACACCAUAUGCUAAGAAGAAAUAUGUUUGGAAAAUGCUUUACAUUUACAUGCUGGGUUAUGACGUCGAUUUCGGUCAUAUGGAAGCUGUUUCCUUGAUAUCUGCACCAAAGUAUCCAGAAAAGCAGGUGGGAUACAUUGUGACAUCAUGUUUGCUCAAUGAAAAUCAUGAUUUUCUGAGACUAGCCAUCAACACUGUACGCAAUGAUAUAAUUGGUCGAAAUGAGACUUCUCAGUGCCUGGCAUUAACCUUGGAAGUUUGGGAAGAAAUUUCUUCAUCAGCUAGUGAUAAAGCCCCUGGACCAGAUGGUUUUACUAUGGGAUUUUUCAAGAAGUAUUGGCCUAUGUUAAAGGAGCAGAUUAUGAAGUUUGUCUUUGAUUUCUAUACUGGAAGAAAAUGGGACCAUGGGGUUAAUCAUGCAUUCAUUUCCCUAAUCCCUAAGAAACUGAAUCCAGAAAGCUUAGAAGAUAACAUGCCAAUUAGCCUUGUUGGCAGUUUAUACAAGAUCAUUUCUAAAGUUCUAUCCAAAAGAUUGGUUUCUUGUAUAAAAGAUUUGGUUAGCCCGUAUCAGUUCGCAUUUAUUCCUGGUAGGCAACUUCUUGACUGUGCAUUCCUAGCUAAUGAAGGUAUAGAUUAUUGGAGGAAGCAAGGUAGGAAGGGGGUAGUCUUCAAAAUUGAUUUUCGAAGAGUCUAUGAUACGGUUGAAUGGCCGAUCCUUCUUAAAGUAAUGAAAGCUAUGGGUUUUGGGGAGAAAUGGGUUUCUUGGAUUGAAUAUUGUCUAUCUUCUGCCUCAAUUUCGGUUCUAGUAAAUGGUUCUCCUACUGAGGAGUUCCCAAUGACAAAAGGGUUAAGACAAGGCUGCAGUCUUUCCCCUCUGUUGUUUAAUCUAAUUGGUGAACUCCUACAUCUAAUGGUGAUUAAAGCUUCUGAUUUGGGACUUUUCCAGGGGUUUGAUAUUGGUAGAUCAGCUAAUCCUUUCCUUUUGACUCACCUACAAUUCGCUGAUGACUUGAUUCUGUUUUGCCAUGACUCUCUUACUAACAUUCAUAACUUCAAAAGAGUGCUAAGGAUUUUCAGUUUAAUGACAGGGUUACAUUUAAACCUAUCUAAGAGUAAAUUGUUUGGUAUAAAUGUUGAAGAUGCUACCUUAAAUGAAUGGGCGAAUGAUAUUGGAUGCUCAGUGGGUUGUUUUCCUAUAGAUUAUCUUGGCUUACCUAUAGGUGCAAAGAAAAACUCUGAAGUACUUUGGGAGCCGGUUUUACAGAAUUUUAACAACAAAUUAGCUGGUUGGAAGGCUUAUUCAUUGUUAAUGGCGGGCAGAUUACUGCUUAUAAAAUCGGAGGAUGGUCUGUUCUUGGUGAAAUCCUGCAGGGUAGCUCUAUCAAUUAGUCAAGGAGUUGGUUUUUCUUGGAAAAGAUGGGUUUGGUCAGGGUUAGCUCCCCCUAGAGUAGAAACCUUCCUUUGGAAAAUCAUACAUAAGAAAUUGGCAGUCAGAAAUGAGCUGAAGAAAAGGUGGGUUCCUAUGGAAGACGCACUACGUCCACUAUGUAAAAUGAAUGAAGAAACAAUCCAACAUCUUUUUUUCUCAUGUUCAGUUGCAGGGGAUAUUUGGAACAGAAUGUUGAAGAUUUGGGGCAUCUAUACAGCUUUGCCUAAUGAUCCACAUGUUUUGCUAAGUUCAUGGUCUGAUCUAAAUAGAAAAUCGAACAUUUGGAAAUUCAUUCUGGGAGUAGUUCUUUGGUCUAUUUGGAAAGCUAGGAAUUCAGUAGUGUUUGAUAAUUCUAGCCUUGAUAUAACCUCUCUCUUUUUCCUAAUAAGAUUUAGGUUGGCUAGAUGGUUUCUAGCAAAGUUUCCUAAUAUCCAAAUACAAGUUGAUUUGUUGGUAGGGGACUCCUCUUUAGCAGACAGGUUUGGUUACCAGAAUACACACAGGAGUUCGAAACAAAGUUGGCAGCCUCCCCCUAUAGACUUUUAUAAAUUUAAUGUUGAUGGGGCUGUCAAGUUUGAUGGGAUGGAGGGAGGAAUUGGUGGUAUUUUGAGAGAUUGUAAUAGCAUCAUCCUAUCGACCUUCUCUGUUAGUAUUGGUCCAGGCCCUCCUCUGUUGGCUAAACUAAAAGCUAUUAAGAAAGGCCUAGACGUUUUUCUAUCAUCAGAUUGGGCGCUGUCUAGCAGCUGCAGACCACUUGUACGGAAAAAAGCUGCAUUAUGUUUACUGCGAUUGUUUAAGAAAAAUCCAGAUGUUGUCAAUGUCGAUGGCUGGGCGGAUCGGAUGGCGCAGCUUUUAGAUGAGCGUGAUCUUGGUGUUUUGACAGCUUCUAUGAGCCUUCUUGUUUCUUUGGUAUCAAAUAAUCAUGAAGCUUAUUGGACUUGCCUUCCAAAGUGUGUCAAAAUAUUGGAACGCCUUGCAAAGAACCAAGAUGUUCCACAGGAAUAUACUUAUUAUGGUAUCCCAUCUCCCUGGCUGCAGGUUAAGACAAUGAGGGCUCUUCAGUAUUUUCCUACCAUUGAAGAUCCAAAUACGAGAAGAACAUUAUUUGAGGUCCUACAACGUAUAUUAAUGGGAACAGAUGUUGUGAAAAACGUUAACAAGAAUAAUGCAUCACAUGCUGUCCUAUUUGAAGCCCUUGCCCUUGUCAUGCAUCUUGAUGCUGAAAAGGAGAUGUUGUCUCAGUGUGUUGCCCUUCUUGGGAAAUUCAUUGCUGUUCGCGAACCAAAUAUUAGAUAUCUUGGUUUGGAAAAUAUGUCUAGGAUGCUAAUAGUUGCCGAUGUGCAAGAGAUAAUAAAAAGACAUCAGGCACAAAUUAUCACAUCGUUGAAAGAUCCUGAUAUCAGUAUCUGUAGGCGAGCUCUUGAUUUGCUUUAUGGUAUGUGUGAUGUAACAAAUGCAAGGACAUUGUUGAAGAAUGUUGCAGGUUAUCUGAGCUCAGCUGAUUUCAAAAUGCGUGAGGAAUUGUCACUCAAAGCUGCCAUUCUUGCUGAGAAGUUUGCUCCUGAUCUGUCAUGGUAUGUAGAUGUGAUUCUUCAGUUGAUUGAAAAGGCAGGAGACUUCAUUAGCGAUGACAUAUGGUUCCGUGUUGUGCAGUUUGUUACUAACAACGAUGACCUACAGACUUAUGCAGCUGCAAAGGCGAAAGAGUAUCUUGACAAGCCCGCUGUACAUGAAAAAAUGGUUAAGCUCUGUGCUUAUAUUCUUGGAGAAUACAGCCACCUUCUGGCUAGACGACCUGGGUGUAGUCCGAAAGAAAUCUUUAGCAUCAUACAUGAGAAGCUUCCUACAGUAAGAACUACUACCAUUCCUAUUCUUCUAUCAGCUUAUGCUAAGAUCUUAAUGCACACUCAGCCGCCUGAUCAAGUACUGCAGAAUCAAAUUUGGGCAAUAUUCACGAAAUAUGAGAGCUGCAUUGACGCGGAGAUACAACAAAGAGCUGUUGAAUAUUUUGCAUUGAGUCGGAAAGGUGAUGCUCUAAUGGAUAUUUUGGCUGAAAUGCCUAAAUUUCCUGAGCGUCAGUCUUCUUUGAUAAAAAAGGCUGAAGAUGCUGAGGGUGACACUGCAGAGCAAAGUGCCAUCAAGUUGCGUGCUCAACAGCAACCAUCAAAUGCUUUAGUUGUAACUAAACACCCUGCUAAUGGGGCACCACCACCAGUUUCUGUUGGCCAGCUUAGUGUGGUUAAAGCACCCACCAUGGAUAAUACUGAGGAUCAUAAUUCAGUAGAGCAAGCUCCUCAGGAUAAUGUAAAUAUAAGCAAAGUAGAUCCACAAGCGCCUUCGGCAAACCUCCUUAGUGAUCUUCUGGGUCCACUGGCUAUUGAGGGCCCUCCUGGUGCUGCUUUUCAGUAUGAGCACAAUGCAGCCCUUGGAUGGGAUAGUAGUCCAGAUGCUUCAGCCAUAGUACCUGUAGGAGAGGAGACAAAUACAAUUCAGCCAAUAGUAAAUAUCGAUGAAAGAUUUUGUGCUUUAUGCUUGAAAGAUAGCGGUAUUCUAUACGAAGAUCCUUACAUUCAGAUUGGCAUCAAAGCAGACUGGCGAGCUCAUCAUGGACGUCUUGUUCUUUUCUUAGGAAACAAGAAUACAUCUCCUCUCAUUUCAGUUCAGGCUUUGAUAUUGCCUCCUGCUCAUUUGAAGAUGGAGCUUUCAUUAGUGCCUGACAUCAUACCUCCUCGAGCACAGGUGCAAUGCCCGCUUGAGGUUGUAAAUCUUCAGCCAAGCAGGGAUGUAUCUGUUCUUGACUCCUUUUUUAUCCCAUACCUACGUUCUUGUUCUGUGCAUUCUAGUUUAUAUCUUCAUUUAUACUCAAGUUUAUUCUCUCCGCUUCGCUCGCUGUCUGAUCUGCUGUCAUUUUGCUCCAAAUACGGGCAGGUUAGAGGUGUAAGACCAAUGGCUCUUCCGGAAAUGGCAAAUCUACUCCACAGUUUUGGACUAAUGAUUUCUCAAGGGCUUGAUCCAAAUCCUAAUAAUCUAGUUGCCAGCACAAUCUUCUGCUCGGAGAAAACACAUGGCAUGCUCUGCUUGGUCAGAAUUGAAACAGAUCCUGCGGACAGAACUCAGUUGCGUAUGACACUUGCUUCAGGCGAUCCUACAUUAACAUUCGAGAUGAAAGAAUUCAUCAAAGAACAACUGGUUAGCAUUCCUACAGUUCCUCUGGCACUGCCAGCACCUCCUGCAGCUCCUCCGACCCCCCAAAUACCAUCAAGCGAUCCCGCUGCACAACUUGCUGGUUUGCUAUCAUGAAAAUAAAGAGGACCGAACUCGAAGAUUUGUUGAAUAUACACUUUAACAAAACUUGAUUUUAACAGCCGGCACACACCCACUUUCCCCUCUGAAGCGUAUACAGUUAAAUCCCAGUGCGAGGGCUGGCGGAAGCAAAGAUCAGCUGCAUAUUCUUUUC